UAUAUUCACAUUAUUAAUAUUCAAAAUAAUUAUCCAUUUUGAGAUAUAGCACCCCUAUUGAGUAUUAGUCUAUCCCGCCGGCUGGGACCUGAAACAACAACAACACCGCGACUGAAAACAGACGGCUUCCAGUCAGAGGUCGCGUCAAAUUCAGUUUGAAGAGGCGAUUUGCAAGCUAUCAAUCCUGAAGCCAUCGAUGGAGACGUGCAUCUGAGUUGGGGACGGUUUUAGAAUUCAAAAGGUGUCACAGUUACCUAAGAUAAGAAGAUGGUUGAGGAGAAGCCAGCGCUAUCCCUACCACAGGCCUUGUGGCAGAAGUACUCGACCCUAGACGACGACCUCCCCAAGUUGAAUUCAGGCAACAUCUUCAUUGCCUCCAACGCUCCCGGCAAGACUGCCUCUGGAACCCUGCGUCUGCCUCCAGUCCUGGCCGUGCACGACUUUGGCAUCACCUGCGGAGGGGACGAGGGGGAAGUGUCGCGCCUGUGCGGACAGGUGACCGAGCUGGACAUCACGCAGAACUGCAUCAGCCAAUGGCAGGAGGUCUUCAAGAUCAUGCAGCAGAUCCCGCGCCUGACGUUCCUGAACCUGUGUAACAACCCGCUGUGUGGAGACAUCCCUGUCGGGCUGGAUGUGCCAUCCUGUCCGCAACUCAGACAUCUCGUACUCAACAGUACUCAGGUACCUUGGAAGACCGUGUAUAACAUUUUGGAGCAGACACCAAAUGUGGAGGAGCUCCAUCUAAGUAUGAACAACUACUCCGGUGUAGACCAACCACCUCGGUCGUUCCCCAGCGUGAAGAUCCUCCACUUUAACGGGAACAACCUCCAGAGCUGGGCCGAGGUCUGCAAGCUUGGUGAGACCUUCCCCAGUCUGGUGAGCCUGGUCAUGCAUGAGGUGCCGCUCAAGGACAUAGAGGCCCCCACCGAACAGCUGCAAGAGACUUUCCUGUGCCUGCAGAAGCUGAACAUCUCCAACACAGGGGUGGGUUCCUGGGAGAGUCUGGAGAAGUUCAACAGUUUAAAUCAGUUGAAGGACGUCCGGAUGCUGGGGGUACCUCUUCUUGACGACAUCUCAGAUGAGAAGCUGAGAAGGCAGAUGGUUAUAGCCAGGUUGCCACAAAUCGUGCGCCUGAACGGGAGCUCUGUGAGCGAAGCGGAGAGAGAGGACGCGGAGCGGGCUUUCAUCCGACACUUCCUGGACAGCGAGGAGAAGCCGGAGAGAUACCACGCCCUCGUCAGCAUCCAUGGCGUGCUGGACCCGCUGGUUGAGGUCGACCUGACGCCACAGACCACCGCUCACGUCCAGGUCAAGUUUGAAGAAAGCGUGAAGGUGAUGGACCUGAAUGUACAGCAGACUCUGAAAGAGUUCAAGAGGAGCCUGAAGGACUGGACCGGGCUGCCGCCCAACAAGAUCCGCGUGAUUCACAUCAACACGGACCUCAACUUCGACGGGCACAUCUGUCAUACCGAGGAACUGAAAUACGACAAGAACUUGUAUUCCUACCAGAUCAGGGACGGACACGAGCUCUUGAUAUGGCCCAGGCCUCCCUCCGUGCCGUCAUCUCCAUCUAAGAAGAACCCGCCAAAGUCAGGCUCAGGUCCUGCGGACAAGUUCCAGGCUAAAAAAGAGCUGCAGAUGUGAGACGAUAGUGUCUUGUGCAUCGUAGGAUUUAAGUGACUGUUGGAGAGACCUUGAAGAAUCCUGGGUUCGUAAAACGCUGAAAGGUUAACAUUUCAACUUAGUGGAUUGAUAGAACCCAUUAUAGUUGCAUAGUGCAUAAAGUUGAGUCUAUAAGGCAGACAUAUGUAGUUUAAAGAGUAACCAAAGGAGUGUUGUGUGCUCUCAGGGAUGUAUGUCAUCCUUUUAUAUGUGCUGGCCUUGUAAGGAGGCCUUGUGCUAGCCUGGUAUCCAGCCGUAUUAUAGCUCCGGAGUCUGUCCUUUCAGCAAAUACCUUUUUGCAAAGGCUGGAUACCAGGCUAAUCUUGUGCAAGUCGCUUUUGUGAAGAAAAAAAACCCACCUAUGUACAGCCUUGGGAAAGAGCAUUUCAACAAACCAAGUACAACUACGCACAAACCUCUGCCAUGCAUUGACUACAUACAUACAUUGCAUUACUAUCAAGAAAACUCAAGGUAUGAUGUCUAUUUCUAUGACAACUGUGGGUCAAUUGGUUCUCCAUGUGGCCAAUAAUGUUACCACCAGAGAUAUAGAACAUCUAGACAGACAAAUAUUCUUCCCCAUUGUGACAAUUUUUAUUGUGUUUUGUAAUUAUCGAGUGUGUAAAAAAGUUGUUUUUACACUUAGAAAGAGACCUGGUUCUUCAACUGUUGGUACAAAUUCAUGGAAAAUUCUGGCUGGGACUUGAUAUAGAAUAUGCAGAAUUUUGGCUAAAAUGUGAACUUUUCAAGUAAUCAUGUUGCUGAUAUAUACUGUCAAAUUAAGGUAUUUAGAUACCAUUUUACCCAAGGGUAAUAUAAACUACUAGGGUGAAAAAAAUCUUACAUAUAGAAGUACAUGUUGUAUUAUCGUUCAUUUUUGUGAAGGAACUGUAGAAGAUAUAUCAAAGACAUGCAUGUAAACAUUGCAAUGGUGUACAGAUGAUGAGAUCAAUGUUUUAUCAUUCUUUCUAUAAACGUAUGCAAAUGCAUGUACAUCUGCAAUAGACUAUUACAACACGUA